UCCAGAUAUCCAUCAACCAUGGGAAAGCGUGGAGCAGACGGUCAGAAGACACGCGAUGACGCCUCUGACAACGAGGAGGAGGAUCCGGGCGUGCGCACCGAGGCGCUCAAGCCCGUCGAAGGGCGACAGGUGCGCGGUAUGCCUAAGCGCAAGGGCGUAGCGGCCGCCUCAUCAUUCGCGUUCGGUGGGAGUGGGAGUAACGGCUCGAGCUCGACGCCCGCUUCCGCCCCGGCUGCGCCCGCGGCGUCGUCGAGUGGAUUUGGAGGUUUCAGUUUUGGCAAAUCUGCAGCUCCAGCACCCGCCGCUACUCCAUCCACCUUUUCCUCGUUUGCAACUGAUUCUGGUUCCAAGGAGAAGGAAGACGACAAGAUGGACGGCGGCAAGGAGGCACCCAAGGAGGCACCCAAGGCGGCGUUCGGCGGGUUCAGCUUUGGCAAGACGACUGCAUCUGCCGAGAAGGCUGCAGACAGAGCGGCGGCCGCGAAACCCGCCUUUGGCGGAUUCAACUUUGGCAAGACGACAGCAACUGCUCCGGCGCCAACGGCUUCGUCGUCGAGCACAGCCAAAGAGCCGGCGCCCCCUGCGCAGCGUGUAAGCAGCGGCAUCGUGCCCUCUCAGUCGGCGCCGCCACACGAUGGAGAAGUCGCGUACUACACUGCGCUACGCGGACUGAACGCGGCGUUCCUGAGCUUUGUCUCGAAGAGCAUUACAAGCAACGAGUUCAUCAACCUCGGCACUGUGAUGCCUGAGCUCCUACGGCAGUACGAGGGAUAUCUGGCCGAAUCGAGCGCCAAGGCAGGGUGGAAGCCUGCAUCCGUGGCCGCUCCACCUGUUUCCACAUUCACCGCAAUCCCAAGCAACGACAAAGCGAAGGAGAAGGCAAAGGAGCCCGAGGUGGAGAAGGACAAGACGCCCGCGUUCAGCUUUGCACCAAAGAAGAGCUCGGACGCGGUCAACGCCGCUGCGGCGGCGGUGCUCGCCGAGAAGGACGAGAAGGAGCCGGAGAAGACGGAUGCGCAGAAGAAGGACGAGGGUAAGAAGGACAAGGGGUUCUCGUUUGGCGGGUCGUCCAAGCCCAGCCUGUUCUCGUUUGCUCCCUCAGGUCCGCUCGCUCCAACGACGCCCGAGAGCAAGACUUUCACGCCGUCCGAGAAGCUGGGCAAGUUUGGCGCGGAUGGUACCACGCCGCAGCUGCCUUUUGGAGGUGCAGGGACGCCGAGCAAGGGCCCCGCCACAGGAUUCAGCUUUGGGGGGGACAAGAAGGACCAGCCGGACCAGCCGUUCGAGUUUGGCAAGCCAGCGUCGAACCCAACCUUCUCGUUUGGCUCUGGGACCGCACUCAAGGACGCGGGCAAGCCUGCGUUCGCCUUUGGCACGGCGUCGGCCUCAUCCCCCAAAUACACUGACGGUACUCGCCUGCUUGCGGAGAAGCCUUCGUUCUCCUUUGGCUCGGGGAUGACUACCUCGCCCGCGGCAAAGCCUGCGGACAAGCCUGCGUUCUCUUUCGGCUCGUCCAGCUCUUCCUCUGUGGCCACUUUCACCGAUUCUCAGGAGAAAGACAAGGCAGACGGCUCAGCGGCAGACAAGCCAGCGGACAAACCGGCAGACAAGCCCGCUUUCUCACUUGGGUCGUCGUCUACUGAAUCCGCGGCGCCAGCAGCCAAGCCGUUCUCUUUUGGCUCGAGCGCGCCGGCCUUCUCGUUUGGUUCGUCGGCGUCGACUCCAGCGGUCUCCACGCCGGCCUCCACCACGCCGGCUCCGACCACACCCGCGCCCGAGGAGGAAGCCUCGAAGAACCUGGCCGAGGCGGAGGGUGCUGGCGAGGAGAACGAGACCACGGUCUACGAGCAGCGGGGGCGGCUGUACGACCUGGAGGGGGGCAAGAACACGGUGGUAGGCUUGGGCCAGCUGAAGCUGAAGCGGGCGACGGACGGCAAGCGGCGCCUGCUGAUGCGUGCGGACGGGAGCGGUACGGUGGUGCUGAACAUGGGCUUGCACGACGCGUUCAAGGCGACAAGUGAGGGCAAGCAUGUGCGCUUUAUCGGGUUCAACUUGGAGGGCAAGAUGAAGCCGUUUGCGCUGGCUGUCAAGACGGCGGACGCGGGCAAGGCGCUCGUGACGGCGCUCAUGGACGAGGUCGCGGCGCUCAAGAAUUAGUCAUUGUAUUAUGGGUUGGGGUAUGGAGGGCAUGUGUGAUGAGUGAUGUGUGAAUGUGCGAAU